AUGAUGAGCUUCCUCUUCAAAAGCGGGUAUCCAGGUCACCGGGAAGUUCGAUUCGCGCAGAUGCUCCUCCUCCACCGCAGCGACUUGCAACUGGAGAGCAUGAAGAAACACUGCCUGGAAGACAUGCCGACUGUGAUCGUUCGCAUGAGCUCGGCGGAGCAGAUCAAAGUCGAGCGCGAGUUCGUCUGGUGGAACAGAGAAGUCCUCUCCGAAUUCCUGAAGGAGGUCGCUUCCGACGUCACUUCCAUCUUCUUCGACUUCGCGGUCGCCUUCUACCUCUCCGAAGCCUGCCACUCGAAGAUAAAGCUUCCUCCUCAAGACGCGCCACAGCAGUUCAAGCACUUCGUCGACUUGAUAAAUUUUCAUUUUUCGAACCCGCCGGCUUUCAAUGUCGAGAAGAAGAUGGAGACGGCAAUUGCCAAGGAAAUAUUUGCGGAAGAAAAACCUUUUCUUUUCAAGUCAAUUUACGGAGAAAAACGAGAAGCAAGGGAAACCCGGCUGAACGAAAAAAUCACUGGAAUGCCUUCGCCCCGCGCUCAAAAUCCAAAGCCGCCGAAGACUGCGAACAACAAGGAGAAGAAUGAAUGUCCAGAUUGGAUUUUGGAUGAAGUCCUUCAGAAUGACAUCAUGGAUGAGAACAUGAGUCUGAGCGAAAUUAACAGAUUUAUGGCGACGAAAAUGCAGCUCGAACGAGAGUUGGCCUUGGUCACUAGACAAGUCAGAGCGGCUGAGCAUCAACUCGUCCUGUCGGGAAAGAAGAAAGCGAAAGGGGGUUGA